AUGGAUAAUAAAACCUUCGUGUCGGACUCUCUUAUCCGCCUCACUGGCGCGUCAGAUCCUAUUGCCGUGGACUUUGUACUCGCAGAAGCCAGUUCAGCAAAGUCCGUAUCCUCCCUACAAGAUAAACUGGUUUCCUUCCUAGAUGGCAGCCCAGACGAAAUUGGCGCAUUCUGCGGCCAGCUCUUCUCCCGUGUGGGGAAAGCGGCUGGGCCUAGUAGCGCUGGGACUUCAAGUACAGCGAAUAAAGCAUCUACGAAGAAGAAAUACAGUAUGGUGGAUAUGGGCGAAGAUGAUGCUCAAGCGUCAUUGGGACCUGUGAACGUUGAAACGAAGCGCGAUCGACGAAGACCUCGGGAUCGGGAUAGAGAUUAUGACCGAGAACGAGGCAGGAAGGAUGAUUUAGAUUCUCAGAGUCGUCGAGAAAAGGAUGAUAGUCGCAAACGAGAUCGCAGUCGUGAUGCCGAAAGUCGCGAUCGACCGCGAUCCAAGAAACUGCGGAAGAAGGAUGAAGAUUUCGAUGAUCGCUGGGGUGAUGAAGAGAUUCCGGAAGAGGAGCUAUACUCUGAUGCAGGCCAGGACGACUUUGCUGAAUCCCCCUCGAAACGAACGCGACUUGAAGAUGGAUCCGCCUCUCCACGCUCUGCAUCCCCCGCCGACGAUAUCGAUCCCCAGACGAAGCAAGAAAUUGAUCGGCAACGUGAUCUCCGCGAGCGAGAUGAAUUUGCGAAACGGUUGGCCAAUAAGGAUGACAAAAAAUCUAAGAAGAUCGUGGAGGACCGCUCCCGUGACGGUGAAGCUGCACGGCGUCGUGCCUUGGCUGAUGAUGCCAGCGCUCGCGCGGAAAUGAUGCCUGAUUUGCGACUUCGCUCUCGUCAGGAAUAUCUCAAGAAGCGAGAGACGGAACGUCUGGCGUUGCUGCGUCGGCAGGUUGCGGAAGAGGCUGGUGAGUUGCGCGAGAACCCGAAUCUUACUCGUCGCGAGAAGGAGGAAUUCGCUCGUAACAGAGAAGUCCUGCGCAUCGCGGAGGAGCGACUACGGAUCGAUGAUCAUCGCGAUGGAUACAUGAUGCCGGAUGAUUAUAUCACAGAAAAAGGCAAAAUUGAUCGCAAAAAGAAGGAAGAUGCCCUGUACAAGCGCUAUGUCGAGCGCGACGAGUCAGGUCAGGAGAAAUUCGUUACAGAGCACGAGGAAUGGGAGCUGGAGCAAUCCGCCAAGGCUAAGGCCCAGAUCAGCAAGCCUGAAUUUGUCGAUGAAGGAGAUUAUGAGUAUGUGUUCGAUGAUACACAGCAGAUCAACUUUGUCAUGGAUACCAAGCUUGAGGGAACCCAGAAGGUAUUGACUCAGGAGCAACGCCGGUUCAAGGAGCAGUUAGAUGCGGCUGAGAAGAAGGCUGCAACUAUGGAGGAGACUCGCAAGAGUUUGCCCAUCUACCAGUUCCGAGACCAAAUCAUCCAGGCAGUGCAUGAUCACCAAGUGCUGAUCAUUGUUGGUGAGACUGGUUCUGGAAAGACCACCCAGAUCCCGCAGUAUCUUCACGAGGCUGGUUAUACCAAAGGUGGCUUGAAGGUUGGCUGCACCCAACCGCGUCGAGUCGCUGCGAUGAGUGUUGCUGCUCGUGUUGCCGAUGAAAUGGGAACCAAGAUUGGAAAUGAGGUUGGAUACGCUAUUCGAUUUGAGGACAACACGAGUGAUAAGACAGUUCUCAAGUAUAUGACCGACGGCAUGCUUCUCCGAGAACUGUUGACGGAGCCUGAUCUCAGUCAAUACUCGGCACUGAUGAUUGAUGAAGCUCACGAGCGGACGGUGCCUACAGAUAUUGCAUGUGGUCUUCUCAAGGAUAUUGCCAAGGCACGACCCGAUCUGAAGCUGCUCAUUUCUUCUGCGACCAUGGAUGCACAGAAGUUCCAGAAGUAUUUCAACGAUGCACCUAUUUUCAACAUUCCCGGUCGAAGGUACCCUGUCGACGUACACUACACCUCGCAGCCCGAGGCCAACUACCUUGCAGCUGCCAUCACAACUGUCUUCCAGAUUCAUGUCUCUCAAGGCCCCGGUGAUAUCUUGGUGUUCUUGACUGGUCAAGAGGAGAUCGAGGCAGCCGAACAAAGUUUACAAGAGACAGCACGAAAACUGGGUAGUAAAAUACCGGAGAUGAUUAUUUGUCCCAUCUACGCCAAUCUGCCAUCCGAUUUACAGACCAAGAUUUUCGAGCCCACGCCGCCCAAGGCGCGCAAAGUGGUUUUGGCCACCAAUAUCGCUGAAACCAGUUUGACCAUUGAUGGCAUCGUGUACGUGAUUGACCCUGGAUUUGUCAAGGAGAACGUAUUCAACCCACGAACCGGCAUGGAGAGCCUGGUGGUGACUCCUUGUUCCCGAGCCUCAGCUAACCAGCGAGCUGGACGUGCUGGACGUGUUGGGCCUGGUAAAUGCUUCCGACUUUACACCAAAUGGGCGUACUACAACGAACUCGAAGAGAACACGACCCCAGAGAUCCAGCGCACAAAUCUCAACAGUGUUAUUCUCAUGCUUAAAUCCCUGGGAAUUGAUCAGCUCCUUGACUUCGAUUUCAUGGAUCCUCCACCAGCCGAGACAAUCAUCCGCGCACUGGAACAGUUAUAUGCUCUCGGGGCUCUCAACGACCGCGGAGAACUGACCAAGGUCGGUCGACAGAUGGCUGAAUUCCCGACAGAACCGAUGCUCGCCAAGUCGAUUCUUGCCGCCGGGCAGUAUGGCUGCGUUGAAGAAGUCCUCUCCAUUGUAUCUAUGCUAGGCGAAGCCAGCGCACUAUUCUUCCGACCAAAAGACAAGAAGAUUCACGCUGAUAGCGCGCGCAACCGAUUUACCGUGAAAGACGGCGGUGACCACCUCACCCUUCUUAAUAUCUGGAACCAGUGGGUCGACUCCGACUUCAGUUUUGUGUGGGCGAAGGAGAAUUUCCUACAACAGCGCAGUCUUACCCGGGCGCGUGACGUGCGUGAUCAACUUGCCAAGCUGUGCGAUCGUGUCGAGGUCUCCGUUAGUACCUGCGGAGCUAAUAACUUAAUGCCAAUUCAAAAGGCGAUCACUGCUGGGUUCUUCCCUAAUGCAGCACGUCUUCAGCGUGGAGGUGACAGUUACCGCACUAUCAAGAAUGGGCAGUCUGUAUACUUGCAUCCAUCUAGUACUCUGUUUGAGGUGAAUCCUCGGUGGGUGAUUUACUUUGAGCUGGUUCUUACUAGUAAAGAGUAUAUGCGCAGUAAUAUGCCAUUACAAGCUGAGUGGUUGGUGGAAGUUGCACCUCAUUAUUACAAGAAGAAGGAUUUGGAGUCCUUGGGAUUAGAUCGUAAGGUGCCUAAGGGAACUGGAGCUACUGGAGAGAAGAGUAAGACUUGA